AUGGUGAGCCGAAUGGGUUGGGGGGGGAGUAGGGGGCGGCUGGGGCGGUGGGGAGACCUGGGGCCAGGAUGGCUGCCUCUCCUCCCCAUGCCACUGCCGCCUCCUCCUCCCGUGUGUCGGGGACCUGGGGGAGGGAGGAUCUCCAUCUUCUCUCUGUCCCCUGCCACUCAUAUGAGAAGCACCCCCUCCUCAUUUUUCCCUACUGCUCCAGGGCCCCCUGGCCCACUGCUACAAGGGACAGGGGCUUCUGACCCCCGACACAGUGCCCUCCCCACCCCAGCCAUCCCCCCAACCCAGGCCAGGCCUGUGUUGCCACCCACCUCUGCCUCUCCCCCCUCCUGGGGGUCCCACUCUGCCCCAUCCCUGGCGUCGGUGACUCCCCCUCCCUCACGACGAUGCCCCCAGGACCCUCCUGGGCUGCGGAUAGGCCCUCUGAUCCCUGAGCAGGAUUACGAGCGGCUGGAGGACUGUGAUCCUGAGGGGUCCCAAGACUCGCCGCUCCAGGGAGAAGAGCAGCAGCCUCUGCUCCACGUACCUGAAGGGCUCCGGGGCUCGUGGCAUCACAUCCAGAACCUGGACAGCUUCUUCACCAAAGUCUACAGCUACCACCAGAGGAAUGGCUUUACCUGCAUCUUGCUGGAGGACGCCUUCCAGCUGGGACAAUUCAUUUUCAUCGUCAUCUUCACAACCUUCCUGCUCUGCUGCGUGGAUUACGACGUUCUCUUUGCUAACCAGCCAAAUAACCGCACAAGACCGCGGCCGCUCCACAGCAAAGUGACCCUGUCCGACGCCAUCCUUCCUUCGGCCCAGUGUGCCCAGAGGAUCCACUCCAGCCCCCUGCUGGUCUUCCUCUUGGUCCUGGCUACUGGCUUCUGGCUGUUCCAGUUGCUUCGCUCCGUCUGCAGCCUCUUCAGCUACUGGGACAUCCAGGUGUUUUACAGGGAGGCCCUGCACAUCCCCCCGGAGGAGCUAAGCUCGGUGCCCUGGGCGGAGGUGCAGUCGCGCCUCCUGGCGCUGCAGCAGAGCGGCGGGCUGUGUGUGCAGCCGCGGCCGCUGACCGAGCUGGAUGUCCACCACCGUAUCCUGCGCUACACCAAUUACCGGGCCAACAAGGGCGUGCUGCCGGCCCGCUGCCCGCUGCCCUGGGGAGGCAGUGCGGCCUUGCUCAGCCGCGGCCUGGCACUCAACGUCGACCUGCUGCUCUUCCGCGGGCCCUUCUCGCUUUUCCGCGGGGGCUGGGAGCUGCCUGAUGCCUACAAGCGCAGCGACCAGCGGGGCGCCCUGGCUGCGCGCUGGGGGCGCACGGUGCUGCUGCUGGCCGCAGUUAACCUGGCGCUGAGUCCGCUGGUGCUGGCCUGGCAGGUCGUCUUCUUCGCUGGCGCGCUCUUCGCCGCGCUGCUCGUGCUCACCGUCUACGACGAGGACGUGCUAGCGGUGGAGCACGUGCUCACCGCCAUGACUGCGCUCGGGGUUACGGCCACCGUGGCCAGGUCUUUCAUUCCCGAGGAGCAGUGCCAGGCUCGUGCUCCGCAGCUCCUGCUGCAGGCGGCCCUGGCCCACAUGCACUACCUCCCGGAGGAGCCCGGCCCUGGCGGCAGGGCCAGCGCUUACCGGCAGAUGGCGCAGCUGUUGCAAUACCGAGCGGUCUCCCUCCUGGAGGAGCUCCUGUCCCCCCUCCUCACCCCGCUGUUUCUGCUCUUCUGGUUCCGCCCUCGAGCCCUGGAGAUUAUUGACUUUUUUCAUCAUUUCACUGUGGAUGUGGCUGGGGUUGGGGACAUCUGUUCCUUUGCCCUCAUGGAUGUGAAACGCCAUGGCCACCCUCAGUGGCUUUCAGCGGGACAGACAGAGGCCUCGCUGGCUCAGCGCGCAGAAGAUGGCAAGACUGAGCUCUCCUUGAUGCGGUUCUCGCUGGCGCAUCCACAAUGGCAGCCCCCGGGGCACAGCUCUAAGUUCCUCGGGCACCUUCGGGGCCGGGUUCAACAAGAUGCAGCCGCCUGGGGCGCCACCUCGGCUCGCAGCCCCCCCACCCCUGGGGUGCUCAGCGACUCCACCUCACCCCUGCCCGAGACCUUCUUGGCCAAUCUCUUGGUGCACCCCCUCCUGCCCCCAAGGGACCUGAGCCCUACAACCCCCUGCCCAGCUGCUGCCACUGCCAGCCUCCUUGCCUCCAUCUCACGAAUUGCUCAGGACCCCAGCUGUGCGUCCCCAGGAAGCACUGGGUCCCAGAAGCUGGCCCAGCUCCCAGAGCUUGCUUCUGCUGAGAUGAGCCUGCAUGCCAUCUACCUGCACCAGCUUCAUCAGCAACAGCAGCAGGAACUGUGGGGGGAGGCGUCAGCUUCUUCCCUGUCCAGGCCCUGGUCCAGCCCCUCGCAGCCGCCCUCGCCUGAUGAGGAGAAGCCGUCCUGGUCCAGUGAUGGCUCCAGCCCUGCCUCCAGUCCCAGGCAGCAGUGGGGAACCCAGAGGACCCGGAAUCUGUUCCCUGGAGGCUUUCAGGAAACCACCGAUGGCCAGAAGGAGCCCGGCCCGGCUGGUAGCACUGACUGA